AUGGAGCGUCUAAUGUGUGCAAAGCGUUGUGGCUUCUAUGGCUCUGUCGAAAACAAGAACAUGUGCUCAAAGUGCUACCAAGAUUAUGUCAAACAAGAGAAAAGUAAUGCUCAGUCGUCGGUCAUGGGGGUGGCUUCAUCAAUGGACAAACUUGAUGGAAGUGGAAUUUCCUUGCCUUCUUUUCAAACUGCAGAUGAUCCAGUUUCUAAUAAAAAUAAUAGUGGAUCAAAGAAAAACAGGUGCCAAAGCUGCAAGGGAAAGGUUGGAGUGUUGGGGUUCGAGUGCCGCCGUGGUGAGGUGUUUUGUGGAAAGCAAUCUGGAUCUCAAGAAGGCUGGAAGAGAUAUUUUGGCCAAGCAAUAACAAUGGAGACAUCUAACAGGAAUCGGAGAUUUGCAGCCUGAGUCAGAGCAUGUCCACUACCACCAUUACUAGAGACGACGAUGAAGAGGUCCAUCAUGGGGUGAACAGGUCUCCAAUGA